AUGCGUGAAGUGGUACGUCUAUCUCUACUCAUGUCGCUGUUACUGCACGUAUGUCAACGGUUGAACGGGUUUACGCUGGACGGCUCUCCCGGUUGUUACGUACGUUUUCCGAAGUGGUACCACGCGUUCGAGAACACGCUCAGCUUCGAAUUUGUCACCGGAAAACCGAAUGGCCUGCUGCUGUACACGGAUGACGGUGGAGGCAGCAACUUCUUCGAGAUUAGCCUCGUGUCUGGCCGGCUGCAGCUGUUGUUCAGUCUUGGCAAACAGCAGUCAGGAGCAACUAUAGCCGAGCAGCACCCGGUCCAGGUGGCGACCAUCGAUUCGCUGUCGUUAAAUGAUCGUAAAUGGCACCGAGUCAAUCUUUACCAAUUCUGGGAGCGAGUUCAACUUCAGCUAGACGACUUGUCUGUAUACAAGUCGGUGGAGCACAACGAAUUCGUGUUCGGCAGCUACGACCUGAACAGCGACGUGUUCAUUGGUGGUGUCCCUCAAUCAUCCUCGCCCGACAGUCUGUCGUACCCAGCCGUGAAACUCAUGGUCCACUUCGAAGGCUCCAUUCGCAACCUCAUGUAUCGGACGCUGCCCAACGGCAUGACCGUGCCGGCGAUGCUCGACUCUGUCGGCGUGCGACAAACUGACAUCGAUUACUGCGUCGAACACAUCUGCCUGAACCACGGCGUGUGCUACAGCACCGACGAUGGCGCCCGGUGUAAUUGCGAGGAAACGGAUUUCGAGGGCGAACGCUGUGAAACAGGUACCUUCUGCAUGAUUUAUGGCAUACAAAUAAAUUCAGUUGAUUUGCACAAAUAAUA